GCUGGGACUGCGGCUGCGGGUUCCGCCGCCUCGGGAGCCUCGGGAGCCCUCCGUCCAGCGCGGUGGUAGCGGCGGGGGCGGCGGCGGGGGCGGCGGCGGGUCUCCCGCGCGGCCGCGAUGCUGAGCUCCCGGGCUCAGGCGGCUAUGACCGCGGCCGACCGGGCCAUCCAGCGCUUCCUGCGGACCGGGGCGGCCGUCAGGUAUAAAGUCAUGAAGAACUGGGGUGUUAUAGGAGGAAUUGCUGCUGCUCUUGCCGCAGGAAUCUAUGUGAUUUGGGGUCCUAUUACAGAAAGAAAGAAGCGUAGGAAAGGACUGGUGCCUGGCCUUGUCAACCUAGGGAACACCUGCUUCAUGAACUCCCUGCUGCAAGGCCUGUCUGCCUGCCCCGCUUUCAUCAAGUGGCUGGAAGAGUUCACCACCCAGUACACCCGGGAUCAGAAGGAGGCCCCCCCCCACCAGUAUUUAUCCUUAACGCUGUUGCACCUCCUCAAAGCUCUGUCCUGUCAAGAAGUCACCGACGAUGAGGUCUUAGAUGCAAGCUGCUUGUUGGAUGUCUUAAGAAUGUACAGAUGGCAGAUCUCUUCAUUUGAAGAACAGGAUGCCCACGAGUUAUUCCAUGUCAUUACCUCAUCCCUGGAAGACGAGCGGGACCGGCAGCCCCGGGUCACCCAUUUGUUUGAUGUGCAUUCCCUGGAGCAGCAGCCAGAAGUAACUCCUAAACAAAUAACCUGCCGCACGAGAGGCUCACCUCACCCCACGUCCAAUCACUGGAAAUCUCAGCAUCCUUUCCAUGGAAGGCUGACGAGCAACAUGAUCUGCAAACACUGUGAACACCAGAGUCCUGUUCGAUUUGAUACCUUCGACAGCCUUUCACUGAGUAUUCCAGCUGCCACGUGGGGGCAUCCACUGACCUUGGACCACUGCCUUCACCACUUUAUCUCAUCCGAAUCUGUGCGGGACGUCGUAUGUGACAACUGUACGCAGAUCGAAGCCAGAGGGACGUUGAAUGGGGAGAAGGUGGAACACCAGAGGACCACCUUUGUUAAACAGCUGAAACUAGGCAAGCUCCCUCAGUGUCUGUGCAUCCACCUGCAGCGGCUGAGCUGGUCCAGCCAUGGCACACCCCUGAAGCGGCAUGAGCACGUGCAGUUCAACGAGUUCCUGAUGAUGGACAUCUAUAAGUAUCACCUCCUCGGGCACAGACCUGGUCAGCAUAGCCCCAAGCCCAGUGAGACCGCGGGGCCCACCCUGGACCUGCAGGACGGGCCGGCCGCCCCCAGAUCAGUUCUGGAUCAGCCCGGGGGCCCGAAAACACACAUUUUUAUGAAUGGAGCCUGCUCCCCAUCUUUAUUGCCCCCCCUGCCAGGCCCGAUGCCCUUCCCGCUCCCGGUGGUUCCUGACUACAGCUCCUCCACGUACCUCUUCCGGCUGAUGGCAGUUGUGGUCCACCACGGAGACAUGCACUCGGGACACUUCGUGACUUACCGACGGUCCCCGCCGUCGGCCAAGAACCCUCUUUCAACCAGCAACCAGUGGCUGUGGAUCUCCGACGACACGGUCCGCAAGGCCAGCCUGCAGGAGGUCCUGUCCUCCAGCGCCUACCUGCUGUUUUAUGAGCGUGUUCUUUCCAAGAUGCAGCCCCAGGGCCGGGAGUACAGGUCCGAAGAAUGACGGCCCUGCCCCAGAGCCGAUGGCACUUUCCACGUGGGCCGGGAACCAGGCAAGAUCUGGCUGUGUGUGCGUGCGCAGGUGGCCCCGCUAGAGUCCUCAGCCUUUUGGUGUGUUCUCAGAGUGGGCUCCAUGCAGGAGCCGCUGGGCCCCAGUUCAAACCAAAUCUGGCCCCCUGAACAGCUCUGGGAGCGUGCGCUGGGUGGUGUCCUCACUGUGCUCCGACCAUUCAUUCUGUCUAGAACGUCUUUUUACUCACCUGAUACAGGUAAUUAAAAGAAACCCGGUCCUGGAAGCCACCUUUUUUAUAUUUGGCUAUGUUAGGUGUUCUCAGAGGGGAGGUAACUUUGUCUAAUCCUCCAAUCGGUUUCAGCAUAGAUCUUUUAUUUUUAAUAAGCAGGCCCCCAAAAUUGGUGAAAUUAUUAAAGGCAACAGUUUAGAAGAAGUGCCUUUCACUUUCGAUUGCUUUUGUAGCACGUCCAUUCUGGAAAAUACACAUUGUCUAAGAGUCCUCUGAACAACUUUUGAGAAAAGCUCUGCUCCUUCCAAGUUUCUCCGCGGAGAGCAACAGGACGCCUAAAAGACGCCUGAAGAACACCCGCCUUCUCUUUUUGUGGGUCUUUUCUAAUCUUUGGAUUCUUUCUGUCAUCAAAGUGCACCUGCCAAAUCUGCCCCCCCACCCCCACCGUAGGGUGGGGGGGGGAUUCUUCCGCUGCUCCGUCAGCUGUGAGCUGCUUCCCGCUUGCUCUUACUGUCGGCACACUGGACGGGAGACGUGACGAUGGUCUGUCAUCCAACUGCGUGAACAGUGGGCACGGGGCAGCAUCCGUGCCGACCACUGCACCUCCUCUGCUCUGGACAAAGCCAGUUUUUACACGACAUCCCCACCCCCCCGUGGACGGUUAUUUCUAACUCUGUCGCCCCUGCAGCGCUCCCGAGGUUUACAGGUGCAGCUGGGGGCUGUGUGAGAUUCAGGAGCUGGGGUCUGGGAAGGGCACUGACCGCAGGGCCACAGUCGGACUUCCUCGUUUGGCAAGGGUAGGCUUAGGCUCAGCGAGCAUCCAAACCCCAGCCCUUUCCACAAAAAAGAAGGAAGUUUUCAAUUUGUAAAAAACGUAUCCUUACAGCUGAUCAUCUAGUACUGUCAUUUUGUUAUAGGUCCAUACUCUACAUUUUUUGUACAAAGACUGUACUGAGCAUUCUCUUCCCUCUUGGGAGAAGGCUCAUGGAUGUAGCCCAGCACCACAGGAAGUUUGAGGACACAGUGGUAUCUAUGUUCUAGCUAGGUUUUUUAUUAAAAAAAAUUCAAAUGGACUCUUCAGAGUUAAGAUUUGGAAUUUGAACUUCCUAAAAGGUCACCCGAGGUGAGGCUGAGAACGGGGCUUCCCCUGGGGGGGGUGGGCUGGCAGACGCUGCUAGACCAGGCCUGGGUGUCCGCAAAGAGCGCAAGGGGCCCGGGUGAUCGCCGUCCCGCCGGGCCCAGCACGCACCCCGAGGACUCACAACUCUCGACCGACUGAACGUACCGUGGAAGGUUCUCCGGGCCCCGGACGUCCGGGAGAGAGGAGCAGCGUGAAGCGUCCUUCCCGGUUCCGUUGCAGGCCCUGGCUUUGAUGUUGCCUCGAGUACAGCUGUUUUGCCUGAGUCCGGGGGACAAACACCCGAUGAUGUGACCCUUACACCGUGCUGCAAAACUAGCUUUCAGUAACUGCUCUUCUGCCGCCGUUUCCCCUUUGAAAUCUGCUGUUAAAGAGAUGCCGGGCCCGGAACGUUCAGCUGUAAGCUGAUGGCGGGUCAGAGGCUGGGGUGGCCAUGCACGGUCUCUGACCCGGACUUAAAGCUGACUUCCUCAUUUUAUAAAUUAUUAGGCAUUAAGUAGCAGCCACCUCAUCUUUCUAGCUUUAAGUUAUUUACAGAGCGGCUUCUCUGGGCAAAAACCUAAGUUAAACUAGUAGUUUAUGCCAUAAUAACUUCUGAUUUAUGUAUUUGCUAAAGGUACCUUUUGUAUCUGCUGUGUAUUAUAGUAAUAAAAAAAUC